AUGCUCCUCCGGUUAGUCCUCCUGUCCCUGCUGCUCAUGCUUCUUGUGUGCGUCAACCAAGUCCACUCGGUGAAGGGCUGUGUCACUUACGUGACGGGUGAUGACUACAACGAAAAGGCCAGCAUUUGUGAUAGAUUUGAUACCCAUUUCACUCGUAUCCCUCCGACCCUGCCUAGAGAGGUUGUUCGACUCACAAUCAACCAUCAGAGCAUAGAGGUUCUCGAUAAGCGCCAUCUAGAACACCUACCUAAUCUGACCUACCUAGAUUUGGAUUCGAACGGACUAUCAGUUAUAAGGCGAGACGCUUUCCUUCCAGUCCCAAAUCUUCGGGAACUCAGUCUUCGAUUUAAUAACCUUACCCUUGCCGUUGAUUCCUUUCAUCCUAAUGCGCUGACCAGUGCCAACACCCUAGAGGCGCUAAACCUCAUGCGAAAUCCCAUUGGCAGAGUGCCAGCACACUACUUCUACCCCAUGCGAAAUAAAUUGCGUUCUCUGGUUCUAGCUGGAGCCAGCCUGGACUUCCAUAUCUCUACCGAGGCCUUGGAAGGUCUAUUCAAACUGGAGGUUCUGGAUCUUUCAUACAACAAUCUUGAAACCCUCCCCAGCACCUUUAAUGGGCUAUUUACUACAAUGCAGUUGAAACAGCUUUUCCUAUUUGGCAAUCCAUGGCGCUGCGACUGCACGUUGCGAUGGUUACGAGAGUGGAUGGAUCGACACAACACCACCCAGUAUUACAUCGACCCCAGAGGGGUUGAUGCAAGUGGCUAUGUGAUCGACCCACUGCUGCCGAUGGAACCAGGGUCCAUGGAGAACGCUGCCUAUCCCAAGUGUGCAUUUCCACCCCGCCUAGCUGGACGUGCGUUAUUCCCCGUUCUGACUGUACAAAACAACCCAAUCGUUUCCUCUGAAAUGGCUUGUCCUCCUCGACCAAAACGAACCUCUUUUAUUGUUCGUGGAAAGGUGGGUGAGAAUAUCACCCUCACGUGUGAUUUUGAUGCUUCUUCUGUGGAUGAGGUGCUGUGGUAUAAGAAUGGGAAUCCCAUUGUCUCUACUUCACGAGUACGAGUAAGACAGGUUUAUCAUGGUCAAGUUGCUGUGGAAUUAUUUCUCUCGGGGAUCCACGAUUCUGAUGUUGGUACUUAUAUCUGUCUACUAAAAAAUGACUUUGGAAAGGCGAAUACAACUAUCACACUGAGCCUUGCUGAUUCAAAAUGGUUGCAGAGAGCAAACACUGAAGCAGGAUUCAUCGGCUGGCUGGAUCAGUUCAGCUCAAACACGGUGCUCAAGUACUCUAGCAUUGCAGCAGUUGUUAUAGUGAUCCUUCUCAUUGCUGUGGGAACAAUCCUCUACUGUUUCUGUCGAAGGUCACCCAAAAAUGUUGCUAAAGCGUUAGCCAAUAAACCGCAUUCUAAGACGUCCUUCACUGAGUUGGCACCGUUGAAUGGACUCCAUUCGGUGACCACAGAUGGAACUAUCAACUGCCGACGGUUACAACCUCCACGAUAUUCACCGUCGCAUGACCUCACCUUCACUCAGCAUCAACAGCCCUACAUCCUCUCGUUUCAAGACAGUCAUCCUCUUUACUCCAUGGCUGAGCAUGGAGCUGCGGACCUUGCAGGUAGCUGCCCAGUUCAUGGAAUGCCUAAGUCCUCUUCCUCUUUCAUAUCUAGCGAAAAAUCCUUCGAUUCAGGCAGUCCAAUGUUUAACACUUUGGACAAAGGCAUGAAUGCUUAUGGUGGCCUUACCACAGUUCCAGUAUCACAUAUCCCCCAAAUGUUGGCAACACCGAUAACUUCGUCUUCAGUAGUGCUAAUGGGGGAGCUAGAGUCUGGGACCAAUGUGCAGGCAGCGGACUACGUGCUCUGUCCCAGGCAUGGGAACGUGUUGGCUUCUCUGGGAUCUCCGCAGGGAAAUGGAAGCAGAGUGGAUUCCCAACUCAGUCCAGUAGUUCGGACUACAAAGACCAUCAAGCUAAACCCCUUUCCUCCUCCAUCGCGGAACUCGACGACACUCAAAACAAAGCAUGUGGAGUUUGCUGAUACCCCGAAUGCGACGACUGUGGGAGAGACGCACCCAGAAGUUGUACCAAUGACAACAACGGCGGUGAGCAACGGAGACAAGUCCUCAGGAUUCAUUACAACCCUCUAA